CAAAUGUUGUCGACAAAGAUUAAAGCCACUCUUCCACUUCUUCGCAAAAUAGUACUUGGGAGAGAUGCGGGACAAACAGAAGCCGACACACAGCUCUUUCCUUCCCAAUUCUAUUUAUUAUCACUCUUCGGCUUCAUUUCAGACCAAUUACUUGUCAGAACUAUUGAUGCUAAACAUAAACCAUUAACCUUUUUUAAUAUGACAGAACACGACGCAAACAACAUUGUUAAUUUGGUCUAUUUAAUAUACCACUUUGGGCAUCAGAAAGUGACUGGGUCAUCAUUAAUAGAGUUAAAAAAGAACAAAGAGCCACAGAAUGAAGUUCAAGACUAUUUUGGUGAGUUGUCUUGUCCUCUCAUCUAUUCUUCUUACAUCUUUGCUGCUCAAGUCGCUAUGACUUCCCCUGUGAAUACACUCUUUAUGACUUCACUCAAUACAAAUUGUAUCAUUCGUGCUGAUCUUGAUAAGUACAAAGACAACACACAACUUUUUAAUUCUGAGUUGUUAAUGGUUCAGCUCGACUAUUUCACGCUGUUAUUAACAUUCAACCGCUUUGGAUAUAGAGAGUCCUCCGUCGACCAAUUCUACAAAUACUUCCAAACGAACAUUUCGUUGUCAUCGAUUGUCGCUAACGUUUCACAAGAGCCACAGGAGUUUCUUAGAAAGCAUUUUCUCAUUAAAGAAGCGACCAAGAACGCACCAAACUUAUUGUAUCGUGGUGCUCAACAUCGCCAAGUUGGUGUUCCCAGUAUAUACUCCUCAUACGCAACAGCGUCUUUUGUGUUCAAUCAACAGAGCCACACUUCUCAAACGAGCACAAGCAAAUUGUCGAAAGAAAUCAAGAAAAAGCGGUCGAUAUUUGGGUUUACAUCAUCGUCGACUCUUUCAUUAUCAACUUUGAUGGAAAGCUUUAAAAGAACACCAAAAGCUAUUAUGAGUAUGGAUCAAUUCGAUGGGGUUAUAGACUCUAUUGGACACAGACAAGUGUAUUCAGAUCGUCCACUGAUUGAUGCACAUGAAGAUAAGAACACCAAGGACUAUGUAAUUGAUUAUACACAAGACGUUGAAGUGUUACAAUAUCGAAAACAUAGAGAAGAACUAGCCAAGACUAUGUCAAGCGCAGAAGAAAAGGCAUUUGCUAAGCAAACAGUUCAAUGCCGAAUCGAACAGUUGAGCAUCCAGCCAUCUGCAGAACUUUCAGAUUCGGAGUAUAAAGAGUACAAAGACUUCUUCUUACAAAAAUUGAGUAAUGUCGCAAAUGAAUACGACUUCUUCUUCCCAUUUGUCAACGAUUCGUUCCAUGCAGUGUUUAAGAACAAAGUCUUUAAGACGUGUAUUAUAGACGCAGUGGUCACCGGUAACUACAAAAAUUUCUUCUCGUUCUUCGCACCACCACAACAGCGAGAAAACGAACUUCCUGACUUAAAGACUAAGAAGGCACUUUUGUUACAAGACAAAAGUUUUACAGAAAAGUUCUUAAAACCACGUCUUAUCAAUUCAAGCAAUUACUCCGUGUUCGCAAGAUACCUGUGGGCACAGUUUAGGUACUCCAAUCAAAAAGAAAAGCCAAUAGAACAGAAGAAAGCAGAAACGAAAAUGCUUGCCGUCUGCUUCGGACACUUCUUUGCAGAAACUGUGUUGUUCAUUGGAGGCGACUCGGCUACAGACUUGGCUACUAUCUUACACCUCGCCCUACAAUCAAUGAUACCAGUGACGUGCAAAAAAACAAAACGGGAAGUAAAACCAAUUUAUUAUUUUGUCAAAGCAGUCAUCAAUAACAUUAGAGAUGUUUUGGGAGGUGGGAGCCAAACAGUGUUGAAUGAAGUAGUCGGAAAGUUUACUUUGAAAAGUACUGAUGUAACACCGUUUGGGCAAAUGGUGAAGGAAGCUAUCGAAAGUAGACAAAAAUAA